UGGGUACUAGUACUAGUAAUCUGUGGUUGUUCUCCAGUCUGCAACAGAGACGCUGCAUGUCGCGAAUUUAGGCACAGUACAAAAAGGCAGUUUGCACCCAAAGAUUACUUUGCAGUAGAUUCCAACCAAGGUGAGCCAUCCGCACACCUGCACCACCGAAACCCGCCAUGCCGCCCUCAACGCCACAGGGCCAGUAUCCCGGCGUGGCCCUGCCGCUGCGAUACCUCAGACAAGAAGGCGAGGCCGGUAUCGACUUCUACCCUCUGGGUUCAACACCCGGCCUGGAGGGUACGGCGUCAGAGCCUCUUCAGGUCCGCGAGGUGGCCAUGAUGAUUCUGAUGGACCGCCUGACGGACAAGCCGAACUGGCACGAAAAGGUGUUUGACGACGCCAUCGUCGCCAAGUGGCGGGAGGAGGCCGUGUCCCAAAACGAAGAGGGCGUGUACCAGGAGAUCUUGGGCCACAAGAGCAUGCAAUACAUUCCCAUGCCGAAGCGGACCAGGUUCAUGACCAAGGACGCGUUCGACUACUGCAUCGCCGAACUGAGGGCCAAGGCAGCCUAUUUCAAGGAGACGGGCCUCGUCUUCACCCUCAACCGUGGCGAGAGAACUGCCAUCAAGUCAGACACGCUUGUGAGCAACGAGCUUCGCCAGGGUCUUAAGGCCGCCUUCAAGAGGCUGCGCGCCGAUCAGGCAGCCGAACCCGACUGGCACCCCUGGACGGACGACAAGGUCCAGGACCUAGUACACCCGUCUCUGUAUCCGUUCGUCUAUGGCAAGACCAGGUUCAUACCCGAAGAGGUCGUCGGGGUCACGGACGCGGUCGACAAGUGGUCGGGGAAGGGCAGUGUUGUCCCAAUGUUCGAAGAGCGGGGGCCGUCUGAACAUGACAGUGACAGUUACGGUCGUGAUUACCUUGCGAGUUACUGGUCUACCAAGUACCAGUGGCUCCCGGCCAACUUGGCCUUCCAGGAGGAUGGCACGGUGCGCUUUACGAGCUACAUUAAUAACCUCCACCCAAACAAGUAUCCCGAAAUCUACAGGCUGGUGGAAAAGCUCGUUGACAAAGCCGUCCCGGCCUGGGACCGCGUCCUCAGCGGAAGGGCUGUCACCGAGCGCGGGGAGCUCCAGAACCGGAUGUGCGAGCUCAAGAUAGCCGUGGAUGAGGAGGAUGAUGAACUGUGGGAGCAGUUCGAUCCCGCCGUGCUUGCGGCCCACGAGGCGACAGCAGGUCCUGUCCGAUACGACGAGUACAACGUUGAGUGGGGAUUGGAGCACUCGGGGAACAGGGAAAAGAACAUGGACGAGACCGAGCGACAGGCAGAGAAGGCGCGGCUUAUCGCGUACUUCAAAUGGAAGGAGAUCAGAGAUCCCAUCCUUCCUCGGACGCGCGACUACGAACCGGUCACCUACCAGGUGCGGCAAACGCUCGGCGGGAGAUUCAAGAACAGCGGCCUGCAGGUCAUUGUGAAGAUGGCCUCGAUCGAGCUCACCCCCGAGAAACCCAACUUUCCGGUCGGGGGCUGGCACAUCGAAGGCCAGAUGAACGAGCACAUUGUCGCCACUGCGCUCUACUACCUCGAUUCAGAAAACGUAACGCCGAGCCACCUGUCAUUCCGCAUGAUUACGGAUGUGGACGAUCUCGAGGAUUUCCAGAUGAGUAUCGGCCAGGACAUGUACCACGUCUACGAACGCAUCUGGGGCACGGAGCUUGGGGUCGGCGGCAGUGACAGCGAGGCUCUCCAAAUCUACGGGAGCGUCGAGACUCGCGAGGGGCGACUACUCGCCUUUCCCAACGUCUUCCAACACCGCGUCUCCCCGUUCAGCCUGCAGGACCGCACCAAGCCCGGCCACCGGCGCUUCAUCGCGCUGUGGCUUGUCGACCCGCACACGCGCAUCACGUCCACGGCCAACGUGCCGCCGCAGCAGUUCGACUGGUGGGCCGAGGCCGUCUUCGGCACCGAGUCCAAGGCGACGGCGGGCGAGAUGCCGCCCGAGCUGUUCCAGCUGCUGCUCGAGAAGGGCGCCGACCGGGUGGUCAAGCCGACCGAGGAACUGGUCAGCAAGGUGUCGUCCUCCAACCGUCUGCCCGUCGAGCUCAUGCAGAUGAUCCGCCGCGAGAACGUCGUGCCGGACGGGCUGAUGACCGCCGACGAGGCCCGCGCGCACAGGCUGGCGCUGAUGGAGGAGCGCAGCGCGUUUUCCAGGAACGCCGAGCACGAAUGGACCACUACUGCGUACUCGUUCUGCGAGCACUAGGACUCAGGAGUAUCUAGGUGGCCA